AUGGCAGAGAUACCAAAAGCACAGAAAUUGUUCCUACAUACAAGUAAUAUUUUGAAAUGGAAUAAUGUGCAACUUAUUAAAAAUCCAUUUGAUGAGGUUGAAACAUGCAUUAAAACAGUAAUGCACUGUUGGCACUCAUGCAAUAAAAAUAAUCUUAAAGGUAAAGACAGCCUUUGUAUUGCUUGUGACAAGCAUCGAGACAGGAUACCAGUUUGGGAACGAACUCUUGAUCGAUUGGGUCUUGAUGACAUGGAGACUUUGGUUGUCUCCCUUUCACCAGAGCUUUCCCGGGGAGCAAUCGUAGACCAUCCGCCCUGUAUGGGAAAUACAUGGGCUCGAAUCCCGCAGAAUACUGCUCAGAGCCUCCUCAAAAUUUGGCCAAUUCUCGAAGAAUUUGUUGAGGCCAAUAAGAUUUUCAGACUAGGCGUUAGUGAUAUGCCCGUUUCAGAAAUGGAGGCGCUAUGCUCUUCAGUUAAGAUUCCGCCUAAAGUGAACCAGGUCUUCAUUGGCAGCACUUGUCUUAUGAGCGAGGAAUUGGAGAAUUUCGCCAAACAACACGAUAUUCAGCUUCUCACUCACCAUGAUUCCGCAGGUAUGUUGUCACUACCUCUUCAAAAAAUAAAUAUCCAAACUAUUGUGAUCAAUCUUUUCUCAACAUUUGUUGGUUAG